GGACUUGGGCGGCGCGCAACGGCAGCGCGGGUGCGGACGGGCGAGCCGCAGACAGCACAAUGUCUGAACAAGAGCGUAUACAGGACUGUCUGAGGAAAGAGAUAAGGUCACUUCUUAUUUCCACUAAAGAUGGUUUGACUCCACAACAGUUGGAGAAGGAGUACCUUUUGAUGGUUGGUAACCAUCUACCGCUCAGAAUCCUUGGAUAUCGGUCCACUAUGGAACUGGUGUUGGAUAUGCCGGAUGUGGUUAGUGUCUGCCCCUGUGGGGAUGGUACCAUAAUACUGAAAGCCAUUCCAGAUGAAUCCACCAAAGGAAUAGCAAGUUUAGUUGCAAAGCAGAGGAGGAGCCAUAAGGUCCGAAACUCCAUGCAGAAGGGAAGAACCAGUAUUUGCUCUGGCCGGGUGCCUUACCGUGGAAGGGUGCCCCCUAUACUUCCAGCUGUUGUGAAGAGUGAGUUGAAAGACCUUCUGGCCUUGUCUCCUGUUCUCCUCUCUGACUUUGAAAAGGCAUUUGCCAGGCGUUUUGGACGAUCAUUCCAGUAUAUGCAGUACGGAUUCCUCUCUAUGUUUGAAGUGCUCAGUGCGGCUUCAGAUGUCAUUUCUGUAGAGCAGACCAGAGCGGGUUCUUUGUUGACACUGAAAAAGAGUGUCUCAGAGGAAAAGCAGAGAGGAUGGCCAGCAGGUAAAAUUUUUACCCAGCCAUUUAGAAUGAAACAACAGGGCUCCUAUUCUACUGGGUUCCCAGUAACGAAGACACACUUUUCACAACCUACUUCAAAUAUGGAACCACCCAAGCAAGUACUGAGCAUGGAGAAGAUGCCCACAUUUAGUACAGUGGAGAUUUCAAGGCUGAACCACAUUGAAAAAUUAAACCAGUUGGAGAACACAUUCAAAUCAGUUAUUGCCCAAAUUGGACCUGGUGGGACUAUUGAUCCAGACCUAAAACAUAAGAUAAAAUUUGUUGUAUCUAAGUUUCCACAAGGUUUGUUUAUUUCUAAACUGCUUGGAGAGUUUGAGCUAAUUUUUAAAGAGCAACUUUCACCGAAACAGUUAGGGUUCUUAAAUGUGACAGAGCUUGUUGGAGCUCUUAGUGACAUUCUCCGUGUUGAGUUCAGUGAAGAGAAGCAGGAUUUGCUAGUGUUCGAUGCUGAUCUGAAGCCAGCACCACCUGUUCAACUGGACAAGAAGACAGAAACCAGCGCCUGGGUCUCCAGUCCCUCCAGGAAUCCACUGUCUGCUGUAGCAGUUAAGAAGACUAUGUGGGAUUGCCCUUUGAAGAACCACAAGGAACCAGAACAGAGAAUCUACAAGAAGCCUAACCUUGUGGUAAAGCCUUUACAGCUGCAAGUAGAAACAAACAAGCCCCAGCUCAGCUUGUCAGUGGCAAACCAUGAUAUCCCACCAGAUGCUGUGCGUGCAAAGAAAUUGUGCAGACUUCCACCACUGGACACCAGUACCCUUGUGGGAGUCUUUGUAGAAUAUAUAAUCUCUCCUAGUCAAUUCUACAUCCGGAUCUACAGCAGAGACUCGUCAGAGUUACUUGAAGAUAUGAUGAUUGAAAUGCGACGCUGUUAUUCUAACCAGCUGGUUUCUGAUCGGUACAUCAUGCCAGAAUAUUUUAUUCAGCCAGGACAUCUUUGUUGUGUAAGGAUUUCUGAGGACAAGUGGUGGUACCGGGUUAUCAUCCACCGAAUCCUCGGGAAAAAGGAAGUUGAAGUGUUCUACCCAGACUUUGGAAAUAUUGGAACUGUUCAGAAGUCCUCGCUUCGAUUCCUCAAAUGCUGCUAUACAAAGCUUCCCGCUCAGGCCAUACCUUGCUCUUUGGCGUGGGUGAGACCAGCAGAGGAACACUGGACAUCCAGAGCUAUUUUGCACUUCCAGAAGCUAUGUGGUUUGAAGCCAUUAGUAGGGGUGGUGGAUGAAUAUAUAGAUGGAAUCCUUAAUAUUUUCCUUUGUGAUACAUCCUCAAAUGAAGAUGUCUACUUUCAUCACGUCUUGAGGACAGAGGGCCAUGCUAUUGUAUGCCGAGAAAAUGCUCCAUCCAAGGGCUUCAGUGAUCUCAACCCACUGUCGCUCUACACUGACUCCAGCGGAGUGGCAGGUGACGCGGCCCUGACAGAGCUGGGCUGUCCUUCUCAGCAGCACUGUUUUAAUGAAGACGGGGAGAUAGAGCAGCAGUCCAAGCAAGAUAUUAAUGAUGAAAAGUCUUUAAGUCACCUUACAUCUGCGUCAAAGGAAUUAUUAAAGGAGUCUCAGUUCACAUCAUUGGAAACAUGUAAGAGCUGUGAAGGAGAUCUGCAGUGGUCCAUCCUGAAGCCCGGGGAGGCAAAGGAAGACAAUGAGGAUGAGAUCCCUACUGGAAUGCCAUGCCUGGAGUCAGUGACCAUAGGUGAUGAUGUUUGGGAUGAGAACUGGCUCCCUCUACAAGCCAAAAUGGGAAAGGGAGAGGGUUCUGCCUCCCAUAUGUUGACUUCAAGCCUUGUUGGGAAGAAACAGUAUCAGUCACAUGGAGACAUGACACAAAAGGACUGGUGUUUUUCCACAUCUAAAGACAUAUGGGAUGACUCGUGGCAGCCCUUGGGCUUUGCACAUGGCAUGAAAGGAGGAAUUCAAACCCCUGAAGAGCCCAUAGCUCAAGAAGAACACAUUGACACAACCAGAAUUAGAAAGCAGGCAGAUUUACAGUAUCCUUUGGAUUCUUCCACACUACCCAAACUGGAAGAGUUCUACAUCUCUCUUAUCAAGUCCCAGCAGUCGGCAGAAGGAAGCCAGUCGGAACCUGUCAGCAUUCAGACUCAACCCAAGCACAGCCUGCUGUCCUCGACAGUGCCCAGCUCAGCUCCUGCAGGGGUCGACUCUCCAGAAACCCACUCUGACUCUGUGGAAAGUUCUCCAGGGAGCCUAAAGAGUGAAGAUUUUUCUGGUAGCCGUGCGGACACAGUGGUCAAGGACGAGAGAGGAGGAGCCAUAGACCAGCUCUCUUUGAUUUUGUCCCCCCAGCACCAGAUUGCUCAGAAGCUCUACAUCCCUCGAAGCACAGCCACCGCUGUCUUGGGAGCUGCGGCGCGGUUAGCCACGUCCAGGAGCCUCCUGCACUGGUACCCCAGUGUGAAAGGUUGGAAGCCUGAGGGGCAGGAGGCGGAGAAAAAUGAAGGGAAGUAGCGUUUGGGUAGCGAUCACAGGGUCUUUUCUGUAUGACCAUAUGCUGGCUUUGUUUUGCUAACUGACCACUUUGAUGUGUAAGUAUUGAUAUUCUGUGUUAAUUUUAAUUUUUGUUCAUGAUUUUACUUCAUUUCAAAUGGUUUGGUUCACCUUUGUUUUAAUGAAGUAAUUUAAAGGAGUUUGUGUAUAUGUUUCUGUGAGUGUUUUUCUUGUACAUAUCAUGACUGAUAAAUGAAAAUUGGAAAACUAAUGUUUUGUGAUCUGUAUUUAGCCAGACAACAGUGUUUUCACAUCUCUAUCACACAGUGGCCUGUCCAGGCAAGGAUUCUCCUGCUGUAAGCCUGGUAGCAGCAUCCUGACUCUAAAUCCAGAACCACAUGGCUGAAGCUGCCAAGUUCUGCUUGUUAGCCACCUCCUAGAAUACAUUUGCAUAAACUUCCAAUGGUUGUUUAAGCCUAAGAAGUCCCUAGGGCCGGCUCAUUUCCCAGGUUGCAGGAUUAGCUGGGUGGGGCUUGCCCAAGAGAUCAGUACUCCCUGAUUGAUUCCCUAUAGCAUCAGGCUUUUCUUGAAACAUUUUAUCUCCUUGAACACUGGAACUUGUACAUACAUUUCCUGCUGCUUUUCUCCACAGCUCUGCAUAAGGGUGAUCACUAAGAAAACCACAGCACACAGUCAAUACUAGGCUGCCUUAAAAUCUCUGCCAAACUCUUCAGUUUAGUCUCAGGCAGAUUCUUAGGACAGAGUAAAAAGCAGCCCCAUUCUUUCCCAAAAUAUUACAAGAAUGCUUUUUAGACCAGCCACAUUACCAUAUUCUUUCCUUCUGAAACCUCUUGGACUGGGCCUGCAAAGUCCACAUCGGCUCGACACCACUGUCUUCCGUGUUCCCGCUAGGAUGGCCCAUUAACCCCCACUCAGUCAACUGCUUUUCUAGUCCAGAGUCUUGCGUAGUCCCUCAGCAAAUAACUUGGUCAGGCCUCUCACAGCAAUCCCCUCGUCACUGGUACCAGCUUCUGUCUUUGUUGCUGGUUUAUUGCUGUGAAGAGACACCAUGACAAGACAGCUCCCACAAAGGAAACAUUGAAUUGCGGGCUUGCUUGUAGUUUGAGAGGGUUAACCAGUCAUCAUGAUGGCAGGAAGCAGAGAGAGACAGACAGACACACAC